AUGUUUUUGAAAAAUAAACGGUCGGCUGACAUGAAAGCUCUCGGAGAAAAAGUGGAGAAGACCUUUCAAAAAGAGUGUAUAGGAAAGGCGGGUGAUAUUAGUAAGUUCAAAAAGGUUGAUCUGACCAAGCUUAUUGAAAAGUCCACAGAUCACAAAGAAUGGGAGAAAUUAGAGUGCAACUUCUCUUGGGUGAACUUCUCUUGGCUGAACACCUCCUUUGAAUGA